GGUAAAUUACUCUGACCGGCUUUAUCGGUCACACUGUCGCCAGAAGACUAGUAUUUUAUUGGAUAUUGUUAUCAAGAAUUAUUUUUUCUUUUUCGAUUGAAAAUACUAUUGUUUUUGCUCAAAUUCAAGAAUAAAAAAUCAACGUGAUGGCCUAUAGACCUAUGGCAUAUGGUCUGACGGGGGAGGUUCAACGAAAGAUUAAAGGAAAAUAUGAUAUAAAUUUAGAACAAGAGGCCAGAAUCUGGAUUGAGGAUGUCCUUCAAUUAGAGUUAAAAGAGGGAGCAGAUCCAAAUCAAGCGCUAGGCCAAAGUGAAUUUCAACAAUGUUUGAAAGAUGGUAAAAUAUUAUGUCAAUUAAUAAAUACAUUAAGUCCAGGUGCUGUGAAAAAAUUAAAUGAAGGGAAAAUGGCAUUUAAAAUGAUGGAAAAUAUUUCAAACUUUUUAACAGCUAUAGAAAAAUAUGGUGUCUCACGUCAUGAUUUAUUUCAAACUGUAGAUUUAUAUGAAGGACAAAAUAUGGUUCAAGUUGUUAAUGCAAUACAUGCCUUAGGCAGAAAAGCCCAGAAAAACGGUUACACAGGACCAGUAUUAGGUGUUAAAGAAGCAGAAUCAAAUCCUAGAAAUUUUUCUGAAGAGAAAAUGAAAGCAGGACAAACUGUGAUAGGACUUCAAGCAGGAACAAAUAAAGUAGCCUCACAAGCUGGCAUGAAUUUUGGAAAAUCUCGGUCAAUUAUUGACUAAUUGAUUAGUAUAAAUGUUAACUAAAAAGCUGCUUUGACAAUGUGCAGAAAAAUCACCUGCUAAUGGAAGUUUGUUUUAUUUGCCUACCCCAGUUUUAAUUGAGUGCUACAAAAGCAUUUGAUCACUAAGUUAAUAAAUCUUUGUUUAAGCAAUGAACAAAAAGUAUUUAAUCAAAAUGAUUUGCUGGUCUUUAAAUUUUAUAUUCAAGAUACGAUUUGGAACCUACAAAAGAAAUAUAUUUAAAGCAUUUAUUGCAAGUGCAUUUUUACCCCACUUAUACAAAAACAAAUGAGGAUUAUGAUUGAUAUUACGAAUUAUGAAUCAAAUAACAAUAACUCUAUUUACAUUAUUUUAAAAAUGUUUUUAACUAUUACAAUUUUCCAUAGACUGAGUUUCAUCUAUUAAAACCAACAAUUCUGUUGCUUCUCCAGUCUUUUAAACCAUCAUGUAAUAAUGCUGUUCCAUUCAAUGAAAUUUUUUUUUUAACGCUGUAAAUGUUACUGUUAUUGAUCUGUCUUGUAUCUUCAUGAUGUAAGAGUUGUUAUAGCUAUUGUUUUUGAAUAACAUGUUCUGCUUUUAAUUUAACUGUACACAUACUAUUAUGGUCUCUAAAUUCCAUUUUACUAAAUAACUGUUUCUGUUGCUUUUGAUUUAGAAAAUCAUUUCUUCUAGAGUUUCUGUGUAGUAAGCAAUCUUUUCCAAAAGUAGAUAUUUUACUCCUGGUUGCAUUUUUGUGUGUGUGAACAUGUUCAUUAGUCUAUGAAACUUUUGUAAUUCAAGGGGAGAUAAUUGCUAUAUUGUAUUAUCUGUCUUGAUUACAUAUUUGCAUCAAUCAGCUUUUACAAGUAUAUAGAAUCUCAAAUUAAAAAUCUCAGAUGCAUGUUUGCAAGAUGGUUACAAUACACAGUUACUGUACUUUAAUGUAAAAAAGAUUUAUCGUUUUUAUCUGAAUAUUGAGAUAUUGCACAUUUACACAUUGAAGUAGAAAAAAAACAUUUUCAGUUUUUUUUUGUUUUUUUUGUGUGUGGUUUUUUUUU